AUGGCACUAGAAGCAAUAUAUGGAGAUGACCUUGUUGAAUUUAAAAGCAGAGGAGGGCUCCGUUAUUUCCAGAUUUACAUACGUUACGAUCUGCCUGAUGGUGCUGAAGUGUGCGCUAAGCUUUUUUCCCUUGGUGAAAACUCAAAACAUGGAGGAUGUCCUGAUGGUGGUAACGAAGACCCUCAAAAUAGACCAGAUGAAUUCUCUUACACUAGCAACCUUGAGUACUUGCCUCCCUUGUUGUUGACAUGCUUACUUCCAAAAUCAUAUCCUAGCAAGGACCCACCAUAUUUCACUCUCACCGCUAAAUGGAUGGAUGGGCAUAAUGUUUCUCAACUCUGUGAGAUGCUUGAUUCCAUCUGGACAGAGCUGCCGGGGCAGGAAGUGGUAUAUCAGUGGGUUGAGUGGAUACGCAAUUCUUCGUUGCCACAUCUCUGGCUUGAUGGCAAAAUAAUGUUAGGCCAAGACACCCCAACACCCAAAGUAGAUAUGCGUGCAAUCUCAAGAAGGGUCUCAUUGGAGUCUGUGAUCCCUUCAAUGCUCAGCUACUGUAGUAAGAAGCAUUACCAAGCUUUUCUUGAGGAUCUCCAUAUGUGCAUGAUCUGCCUCAACCAGAGCAUAGGUUCGAACUUCAUCAAGCUUCCAUGCCAGCACUUGUUUUGUGUGAAGUGCAUGGAGACAUUGUGCAGAAUGCAUGUGAAGGAAGGGAGUGUGUUCCAGUUGGUAUGCCCUGACACCAAGUGCAAUGCUUCCAUUCCACAACAUGUCUUAAAGCGGCUUCUUUGCGAAGAAGAAUUUGAACGCUGGGAUAGGCUUGCUCUUGAGAAAGCUUUGGACUCGAUGGCAGAUGUAGUUUUCUGCCCAAAGUGCGUAAUUGGUUGCAUGGAAGACGAGGAUAACACUGCGCAGUGUCCGAAGUGUUCCUUCAUCUUCUGCUCGUUUUGUAAGGAGCUCUGGCAUCCAGGGAAGGAGUGCCUAACUCCAGAGCAAAAGAUCCAGCACCGGAAGGCAUCGGGUAGGAUGAGUGAGAGGGAGAUGGCGCAGGAACUGCUGAACAUUAAAGAACUAUAUAAAGAUGUUCGGUUAUGUCCCCAUUGUCGGAUGGCCAUCAGCAAAACUGCAGGCUGCAACAAAAUGACGGAUUGCAAGCUCUUUGAGGCUAGGGAUAUUGCAGAAUGGGAGAGAGAAAUGGACCAAAUACAAAUAGGAAACCAGAUACGAGCCCAGCAGAAGCCAUUAGGUGGCAUCUUAAGAUGCCCAAAAUGCGGUGAGAGAAAUUUCAAGGAUGACGAGAAAUAUCUAUUUUGUUGGGCGUGCCGAGCCAGCUAUUGUCAACUCUGCAAACGGGUGGUCGAUAAUAAGAGGAUGAAGAGCGAGCAUUGGGGAUCAAUUGAGUGUCUGGGGCUUGAUAAAUUCUAG